AAGGAAACUUUUGGGCCUCAACGGCCACUGGAGCCCGACCCGGUAACUCUUACCUCUCUUUCCCUUUCUUCUCCCCAUUUCAAUCUCUGCUCUCUCGUCGUCACCGCCGUUCUGUCAAAUUCGAAUCAAGCUAUGGAUCCAGAGGCUGCACGAACUGCCCGAGAAUCCCUUGACCUUGCGUUUCACAUGUCCAACAUUCUUGAUACGGGGCUUGAUCGUCACACCCUCUCAAUUCUCAUUGCCCUUUGUGACUUGGGUCUGAACCCUGAGGCUCUGGCUGCUGUGGUUAAGGAACUCCGACGAGAACCCUCUCCCUCAUCCACGAUUCCUACUGCUCCAUCAUAGUAACUUAAAUGGGUUUGUGGUAUUAUCUAAUAACUUUAAAUAGUGAGAAGGAACUAUUGUCAUGAGUUGCAGUCUAUCCUGCUUGUACAGUUUCUACAACCCUCGAUUUUGUCUGCAUCACUACCUUGUUCUAUUCUGUUGUGUCUUUGUUUAAUCUGUGUUAUUGUAUUCUCUAUUUUGAGUUUUGUUUAGUUUUUGUUGCUAUGAAUGAAGCUUGGGUUUGCUUGUUUAAUUUUUUA